CCGGUCACAUCACUGUGCCAUUUGACACCGAACAUUUUGCUGUGUGGUACUGAGAAUGGGCAAAUUUUGGGUUAUUCGUGGAAGAGCUUAGUGCGUGUGGGCUCUCAAGGGUCACACGGGAGCGGCAGCACGUCUCAAUCGGGCGUGGCUGAGGUCGACAUGAAGCCGGAGUUUGCGUUUACGGUGCCAGGUGGGGAUGCACUGUCCAGUGGUGGUGAUGUGUUGAUGGGGGGCAAUGGUGCUGGUGAGGUGAAUACGAUAGUGAAGCUGCGGGAUGGAGACGAGACUGCUAAAGUGGCGUACGCGGGUGCGAUGGAUUUCGGCAUAAGGGUGGUGGAUGCGGAGCGAUUUGAUAAGGUGAUCUCGGUGCUCAGUGGUCAUCGAUCGCACGUGAAUGAGCUGGUUGCACGAUCUGAAAAUGAACUGAUCAGUGCAUCGGAAGAUGGCACUGUACGGGUGUGGGACUUGAGGACUAAGGGAUCUUCGUCGAGGGUGAUUGAGGUGUGGCAGAACAGAGAGUUGAAGCAGGAAGGAGAGCCACACCGGGGCAAAGGGGUAUGCGCUUUGGCGGCUGAAGGCUCUCUGAUGGUCUGUGGAGGGGACGUGCCAUUAGGGUUGUGGCAUCUUGACUCGAGCUCGUUGAUAAAGCCGUUGGUGUGUGGUGAUAACGGUAACAGUAAUAGUGAUAGUAAUGAUAGUACUGAUAAUGGAAGUAAUAAUAAUAGUAAUAUAAAUGUAAAUGAUAGUAAGAAGUAUGGGAAUGUUCGUUAUUUGAGUGCUAAAAUGAAUGCACAGAAUAUUUUAUGUGGUGGAACUAGCCCGUUGCUUCAUCAGGGCGUGUGUGCGGUGGUGGGCGGGGCAUGUGAUCAUUUGCACGCGUUUGACUGUCAAUCGAAGCUCCGCCCACUACCGUACUUGUUUCGCAGCCAUAUUUGUUUGGUGACUAGUGUACUAGUGUUCGUCGGGGUCUCUGUGGUCCAUGUCGGGGAAUCCGUUCCCGGGCAAUUUUGCUCCCCGUAUUCUUGGUCAGGUGCAGCCAUAGCGAACGGAUGCCUGCCCGUGCGGGCACUUGUACCCAUUUUCGUCCAUUUUGCUCCCUGA